AUGGAUUCGCGAAUAUCAGGCGGGACCGGUGUCGUUGGUACAACCGCUAACGUUAGAUCAAAUUUGCCUAACGUUAGAUCAAAUUUGCAAGGACCCAGUUCAGGUAACGGGAGAAGGAUGACUUCCAAAAAAACGCGUUCAAAAAAAGGGAAAAGAAGAAAGAGACGGAGGAGUAAAAAGACGAAGACCAACAGAACACCACCAUAUUUACCACCGGAGGUAAAUGCUAGCUACUGUAGCUAGCUGCAGCUUGCUAUCAAGUUCAUGUUAGUUGGCUAGCUAGCAAAAUUAUCCAAUGCUAGGCUAGCCAGAGCCUAGCUAUUUACAAAUUCUGACAUUAUUUUAGCUAGCAUCUGGCAGAUGCUGUCGUCUGAUCUUUUUCGAUGGUAAGAAACUUUUUGGCCAUAUGUAACGUUGUUAUAAGCAGGGAAUGGACAUUUGUUUGUUUGUUGACAACAACAACAGCUGGCUUUCUCACAUUACAAUCAAUGUUGUGACUAGCUGCAAGAGAGCAGCUUGGCAGCUUCAUGAUGAUGUUGCAAGAUACAUUGUUUCCCUGGUGGUGCAUAGAUAUAAAAUAUUGUACUGAUAGCUUGCUGUGGUGUGGGUAGUUUUUAUUAAGAAGUACAUUAGUCAACAGUGGGUUGUGCUUGUCUGUCAAAAUACAAAUUGCAGUACAGGCACACCUUUUCAAAACAUGUCCUUCCCUCUGUUUCUCUCAGGCUGAAGAGGGAAACAUUGAAUAUAAGGUACUAGUAUACAGUUCUUUAUUUUUGCAUGUCAUCUUCCAUUUCACCUGUAGCUAGUAAUCAAAAGACAAAAGACAAAACCCAUCGAUGUAUAGGCAUGCACGCUCUCAAACACGUGGUUCACUUGUUGGACACUUCUUGGUAGUGAAGUGCUGUCCCGUGCUCUAUCUUCACUGCAGCUGAAGUUGGUGAACCCCACACAAUACCGCUUUGAGCACCUGGCCACCCAGUUAAAAUGGCGUCUUCAAGAGGGACGGGGUGAGGCGGUGUAUCAGAUUGGGGUGGAAGACAAUGGCCUGCUUGUCGGAUUGUCAGAGGGAGACAUGAGAGCCUCGCUGAAGACCCUACGGAGGAUGGCAGAGAAGUAUGUCACUAGCUCGUUUGCAAACGUCACCAAAGGCACAAUCUGGGAUACUUUAUUCUGCUCAAUGGUCAUUUCAAUUAUACCCAUAGAUUUUUGAAGAAACUACUUUAUAAAUGUCUAAUUUGACAGUUUGCCAUUGUUGCUGUAUUUACCAGUUGCCCCUCAGUUUGGUGGGUGUUGGUGAUAAAUGUGCUAUCGCUGCCUCACUAGGGUUGGUGCUGACAUCACACUUCUACGAGAAAGAGAGGUGGAUUACGACUCGGACAGAAGCUGCCGGAAAAUCGCAGAGGUUCUUGUCCGAAAAGUUCCAGACGACCAACAGGUGAGAUUAAACAGCAGAGGGGCUGACUGUGUGCUGAGACGUGGUCCAGUGGUAACACUCCUGGCUCCAUGCAUAUAUGCGACCCCCCCCCCCCCCCACACCGAAGACUGUGGUUAAAUUCCCUUCUCACUGUGUCUCCUCCUCACCUAUCUCCCAUUGUUUCUUUCCUGUCUGUCAAUAAAGCAUUAAAAUGCGAAAGGAGAGUGACUCUCCACUCUCCUUAAAAAAACUGCAGAGUCAGAUGUCCUACCUCUACCAUUUGUUUUGCACUCAAUUAUAUAAAUGCUCAAUGGUAAGCUGUACAUACAAUGGAGGGUUUCUGCCACGCCGAUCUGCUGUAAUUUGUGUGUGUAUGAGAGCAGUUCUUGGACCUGCGUGUGGCGGUGCUGGGAAACGUGGACUCCGGGAAAUCCACACUGUUGGGCGUGCUGACGCAAGGCGAGCUGGACAACGGGCGAGGCCGGGCACGCCUCAACCUCUUCAGGCACCUUCACGAAAUCCAAACGGGCAGGACAUCCAGCAUCAGCUUUGAGAUUUUGGGCUUCAAUAGCAAAGGGGAGGUGGGUAACAGCGUCUUAUAGGUGACAAGAUAGAGGAAGGAAGGAUAAACACACAUUCGUUUUCCUCUUCUUUGAGCAAAGACUAUAAAAAUAAAAUAAAAAACGUUGUCCUCAAAAACGACACUGAUAUAACAAAAACGUGUAAUAACACAAACUAUGUAACAGUUCGCAAAUGUUUUGAACAUCUUCUAUUUGUGACUAACCCAUAAAAACAGCGUAACAACGCACAAGUGAAUUGAACUUCCUCUCAUGUGGCUUUUGAAGGUGGUGAACUACAGUGACUCCCGUACAGCCGAAGAGAUUUGCGAGAGCUCUUCUAAAAUGAUCACCUUCAUUGACCUGGCCGGCCACCACAAGUACCUGAAGACCACCAUCUUUGGCCUCACCAGCUACUGCCCAGACUUCGCCAUGCUGGUGGUCAGCGCCAACACAGGCAUAGGUAAGCCUGAUCAUAUAGCUAUAACAUUGUAGAUUGUGCGGGCCCUGGUAACUUCUACAAGAUUUGUUUGGCCCAGCAAGCUAUGAAAAGUGAUGUGCGUUUGACUACUUAUGUGACCACUGACUAGGGUUACAUAGAGGGCGUUAAUUGCGGAUGAGGUCAUUGUUUAUUAGAUGUUUUUCCAUUCAUCUUUAAUGAACCAUAUGGUCUAUUUACUAGAAACUCAUGGACAACAUGGACACCAUUUCUUUUUUUUUGUUACUCAAGUAUAAAUUACCAAAGUUUCCAUAGAUUUCCAAAAUAAUCAGUUAAUUACCAAAAGUCUGGUAACUUUUGUAAAUUACUGGGAGUUUUGCAACCCUACCACUGACCCAAUCAUAUACUAUUUUCUCCCCCUUAGCUGGCACCACCCGGGAGCACCUAGGCCUGGCCAUGGCACUUAAGGUGCCCAUCUUUAUCGUGGUCAGCAAGGUGGACCUGUGCGCCAAGGGCACGGUGGAACGCACAGUACGCCAGCUGGAGCAUGUCCUCAAGCUGCCCGGCUGUAACAAGGUGCCGAUGGUGGUGGCCAGCCCGGACGACGCUGUCACAGCUGCCCAGCAGUUCGCUCAGUCCUCCAGGUAGACCUAGAAGGAAACUGGAAUUGAGAUUCAGAACCCCAACUAUACACCACAUAAGCCUUAGUCCAGGGUGACUAGAAGGGAAUUGACUUAGCAAGCAUGUACGGCAAUGUUGUUUGUAUUGGUGGGGGAAAAAAUCAAUACAGUUACAUAUUGGGAUAUUAUUUUUAACGAUAUAGCAUAUCUUUUUGACAAUAUCACAAUAUUAAUUUUGCGAUAGCUGCACUAAAACUCCAGUAUUUUUCCUUCGUAGCUUGUUCUCCAUCUUCUUUUUAAAUAUGGAGCCAAUUUGUUUUCAGCACUUUUUUAUUUCCAUGACUGAUCAAACCUGUUUUCUCAUGGCUCUCUCUUGUCCCUCUGCAGCAGACAUAUGGUGAGCAAUAUGUUUGGAACAUCGAAUCACAAUAAAAUCGCAGUAUCAAAUCGCAAUACAUAUAGAAUCGUGAGAAUCGCAAUACAUAUCGUAUCGGCACCAAAGUAUUGUGAUAAUGUCGUAUUUGUCAGUGUAGCUGUAGGUGGGUGUGGUGGUGGAAUCAGGCGCAGGACGCAGAACGUUAGUCCAAAAGACUUUAGUAGAUGCACAAAACACAAGCACGAAUAAAUGCCCUGAGGCGAGAACUCCGCACGUAGGCGAAAACAAACGGGCGCACUAACAGGUGCGACAAAAUUUUGAAUAUUUUGUCUUGCUGCUUUUUGUUCUAUGUUGCUCUGUCUGUAUGCUACGUCUUGCUUGUCCUAUGUUGCUAUGUCUGUAUGCUAUGUCUUGUUCUAUGUUGUUAUUGUCUAUAUUGUAAUUGUUUUUAAUAACCUGCCCAGGGACUGCGGUUGAAAAUUAGCCGGCUGGCUAAAACCGGCACUUUUACUGAAACGUUGAUUAAUGUGCACUGUCCCUGUAAAAAUAAACUCAAACUCAAACUCAAACUCAAAACACUCCAAACACUAUGGAGAAUAGCUCAACCGAGCAAACAGUAGAAUACUAGCCUACCGCACGACAGUAAAACAAUCACACACAACACUUGACAAACACAACGAGAACUUAUAGGACACUAAUGACACUAAACGAUAACAGGUGUAACAACAAUCAGACAAAAGCAAACGAACAUAGAAACAUGCAACGGUGGCAGCUAGUAUUCCGGAGACGACGAACGCCGAAGCCUGCCCGAGCAAGGAAGAGAAGCAGCCUCGGCCGAAACCGUGACAGUACCCCCCCCCUUGACGCGCGGCUCCAGACGUGCGCCGACUCCGGCCUCGGGGACGACCAGGAGGACGCGGAGCAGGGUGCGUCGGGUGCCCACGAUGGAAUUCCGUCAGGAGAGACGGGUCCAAAAUGUCUCUCCUCGGCACCCAGCACCGUUCCUCCGGGCCGUACCCCUCCCACUCCACUAGAUAUUGGAGACCCCCCAUCCAACGUCUCGAAUCCAAGAUGGACCGCACGGAGUACGCCGGUGCCCCCUCAAUGUCCAAUGGGGGCGGAGGAGUCUCCCUGAUCUCACUUUCUUGGAGUGGGCCAGCUACCACCGGCCUGAGAAGAGACACAUGGAACGAGGGGUUAAUACUUUUAUACUCAACAGGUAGUUGUAAUUUGUAACACACCUCGUUCAAUCUUCUCAGGACUUUAAAUGGCCCUACAAACCGCCGACCCAGUUUCCGACAGGGCAGGCGGAGGGGCAGGUUUCUGGUAGAGAGCCAGACUCGAUCACCAGGUGCGUACACCGGUCCCUCACUGCGGUGGAGAUCGGCGCUCGCCUUUUGACGACGGAGGGCCCGCUGCAGGUGGACGUGUGCAGCGUUCCAUGUCUCCUCCGAGCGCCGCACCCACUCAUCCACCGCAGGAGCCUCGAUCUGGCUCUGCUGCCAAGGUGCCAGAACCGGCUGGUAACCUAACACACAUUGGAAAGGGGUUAGGUUAGUGGAGGAAUGGCGUAGGGAAUUCUGGGCCAUUUCGGCCCAGGGAACGUACCUUGCCCACUCCUCCGGCCGGUCCUGGCAGUAUGUUCUAAGAAACCUACCCACAUCCUGGUUCACACGUUCCACCUGCCCAUUACUCUCCGGGUGGUAACCCGAGGUGAGGCUCACCGAGACCCCCAACCGCUCCAUAAAAGCUCUCCAGACUCUGGAGGUAAAUUGGGGACCUCGAUCAGACACAAUAUCCUCGGGUACCCCGUAGUGCCGGAACACAUGGGUGAAUAGUGCUUCGGCGGUUUGCAGGGCAGUAGGAAGGCCCGGCAUAGGGAGCAAACGACAGGCCUUAGAAAACCGGUCCACAACGACCAGUAUAGUGGUAUUCCCCUGUGAAGGAGGAAGGUCAGUGAGGAAAUCCACCGAGAGGUGAGACCAUGGUCGUUGUGGAACGGGCAGGGGUAGUAACUUACCCCUAGGCAGAUGUCUAGGCGCCUUACACUGGGCGCACACCGAGCAGGAGGAAACAUAAACCCUCACAUCCCUCGCCAACGUGGGCCACCAGUACUUGGCACUAAGACAGUGCACUGUCCGGCCGAUACCAGGGUGUCCAGAGGAGGGUGACGUGUGAGCCCAAUAGAUCAAUCGAUCCUGAACCUCGAGCGGAACGUACUUCCGACCCUCCGGGCAUUGAGGUGGACUAGGGUCGGUGCGUAACGCCCGCUCGAGUUCAGCAUCGACCUCCCACACUACCGGUGCCACCAGACAAGACUCCGGCAGUAUGGGAGUGGGCUCCACGGACCUCUCCUCCGUGUCAUACCGCCGAGACAGUGCGUCUGCCUUACCGUUCUGUGACCCAGGGAUGUACGUGAUCUUAAAUGUGAACCGGGUCAAAAACAUAUUCCACCUCGCCUGGCGAGGGUUCAGUCUCCUCGCUGCCCGGAUGUACUCCAGGUUACGGUGGUCCGUCAAAAUGAGGAAAGGGUGUUGAGCCCCCUCAAGCCAGUGCCUCCACACCUUUAGGGCCUGUACCACGGCUAACAGCUCCCUGUCCCCUACGUCAUAAUUUCGCUCCGCCGGACUGAGCUUCUUGGAAUAAAAAGCACAGGGGCGGAGUUUAGGUGGCGCGCCGGACCGUUGCGAAAGCACGGCUCCUAUACCGGCCUCUGACGCGUCCACCUCUACCUGGAAUGGUAAAGAGGGAUCCGGAUGCGCCAGCACCGGGGCCGAGGUAAACAGGUCCUUCAGCCUCCCAAACGCCCUGUCCGCCUCGGCUGACCACUGCAGACGCACCGGACCCCCCUUCAAAAGAGACGUUAUGGGAGCUGCCACCUGUCCAAAACCCCGGAUAAACCUCCGGUAGUAAUUCGCAAACCCCAAAAACUGCUGCACCUCCUUCAGUGGUUGGCGUUUGCCAAUUACGCACGGCUGACACCCGGUCUACCUCCAUCUUCACCCCUGACGCAGACAACUGAUAACCCAAAAAGGAGACCGACUCCUGGAAAAACAGACACUUCUCUGCCUUGACAUACAGGUCGUGCUCCAACAGCCUCCGCAACACUCGGCGCACCAGGGCCACAUGCUCGACUCGGGUAGGCGAGUACACGAGAAUGUCAUCUAUGUACACGACCACCCCCUGCCCCUGCAUGUCCCUGAAGAUCUCAUCCACGAAUGAUUGGAAAACUGAAGGAGCGUUCAUCAACCCGUAUGGCAUGACAAGAUACUCGUAAUGGCCCGAGGUGGUACUAAAGGCUGUCUUCCAUUCAUCGCCCCCCCUAAUGCGGCCUAAUGCGCACCAAGUUGUACGCGCUCCUGAGAUCUAAUUUAGUGAAGAAACGCGCCCCGUGCAAUGACUCCGUCAUGGUCGCAAUCAGCGGGAGUGGAUAACUGUACUUCACCGUGAUCUGAUUGAGACCACGGUAAUCAAUGCACGGGCGUAACCCACCAUCCUUUUUCUUCACAAAAAAGAAACUCGAGGACGCAGGGGAAGUGGAGGGCCGUAUGUAUCCUUGUCUCAGAGAUUCGUCUAUGUAAGUCUCCAUAGCUCUCUUCUCCUCCUGAGACAGAGGAUACACAUGGCUCCGUGGGAGCGCAGCUCCUGCCUGGAGGUCUAUCGCACAAUCUCCCUGCCUAUGGGGAGGCAACUGCGUCGCCCUCGACUUACUGAACACAAUAGCCAAAUCCCCAUACUCAGGGGGAACGUGCAAUGCGGGCACCUGGUUUGGACUCUCCACCGAGGUAGCCCCUACGGAAACGCCUAAACAUCGACCCACACACUGGGCAGACCACUCCAUCAGAGCCCUCUCCUGCCACGAAAUAGACGGGUUAUGGGUACUCAACCAGGGCAUGCCCAGCACCACCGGAUACGCAGGCGAGUCGAUCAGAAAUAGCUGGAUCAUCUCCUGAUGACCCCCCUGCGUACACAUCCUAAGUGGCGCCGUGACCUCCCUGAUCAAGCCCGCACCCAACGGACGGCUAUCUAGGGCAUGAACGGGGAAGGGGACGUCAACAGGGAGAAGGGGAAUCCCUAAGGCUAAACAAAAUCUCUUAUCAACAAAAUUCCCAGCCGCGCCUGAAUCUACCAGCGCCUUAUGCUGGGAAUGAGGUGCGACCUGUGGAAAUCGCACAGGUAUACAGAAGUGUGCAACAGAGAGCUCUGGGUGAGUGGGGCGCCUACUCACCUGGAAGGGCUCCCCAGUGCGGGGCCUGUCGUCUUCUCCCCGAGGAGGCCAUCCCCAGCACCUAGCCGCGGUGUGUCCUCCCCGACCACAGUUGGUGCAGGAGAUGGACCCCCUCGUACUCCGACCCCUCCUCUCUCUAGCGCCAGCGCCCACGAGCUCCAUGGGGCACGGCUCGGAGGCGCUGGAGGGUGAAAUGGACGGACCCCCCUCGGGACGUCCGCGGGUAGCUAGCAGGGUAUCCAGCCUGAUGGACAUGUCGACUAACUGGUCGAACGAGAGGCUGGUGUCCCGACAGGCCAGCUCCCUACGGACGUCCUCACGUAGACUACAGCGGUAGUGAUCAAUGAGGGCCCGCUCAUUCCACCCUGCAUCCGCCGCUAGAGUCCGGAAUUCCAACGCGAACUCCUGGGCACUCCUCCUCCCCUGCCGGAGGCAGAACAGACGCUCCCCCGCCGCUUUCCCCUCCGGGGGAUGGUCAAACACCGCCCUGAAGCGGCGGGAGAACUCGGCGUACGUGAUGGUAGUAGCGUCUAUUCUCCUCCACUCAGCGUUGGCCCACUCUAACGCUUUGCCGGAAAGGCAGGAGAUCAGGGCGGACACGCUCUCGUGUCCCGAGGGCGCCGGGUGCACGGUGGCCAGGUAAAGCUCCACCUGGAGAAGGAAGCCCUGACACCCGGCAGCGGUCCCAUCGUAGGCCCUCGGGAGCGAGAGUCGAACUCCUCUGGGUUCCGGAGCGGGAAGGGGCUGACUCGCCGAUGGUGAGGGCAGGGAAGAUGGCGUUGGGGGUGUCCCUCGGGUCUCCCAGCGUUGGAGGGUGGUGAUCACCUCCUGCAGGGCGGACCCCAUCCGCAGGAUCUGGUCAUUCUGCUCCCGGACUCUGUCCUCCAACGUCUCCUGUGCGGCUGCGGCUCCUGCUGAUUCCAUUCGAGCAGGUGUGUGAUUCUGUCAGUGUAGCUGUAGGUGGGUGUGGUGGUGGAAUCAGGCGCAUGACGCAGAACGUUAGUCCAAAAGACUUUAGUAGAUGCACAAAACACAAGCACGAAUAAAUGCCCUGAGGCGAGAACUCCGCACGUAGGCGAAAACAAACGGGCGCACUAACAGGUGCGACGAAACACUCCAAACACUAUGGAGAAUAGCUAAACCGAGCAAACAGUAGAAUACUAGCCUACCGCACGACAGUAAAACAAUCACACACAACACUUGACAAACACAACGAGAACUUAUAGGACACUAAUGACACUAAACGAUAACAGGUGUAACAACAAUCAGACAAAAGCAAACGAACAUAGAAACAUGCAACGGUGGCAGCUAGUAUUCCGGAGACGACGAACGCCGAAGCCUGCCCGAGCAAGGAAGAGAGGCAGCCUCGGCCGAAACCGUGACAGUAUUGUGAGGUCCCUGGCAAUUCCCAGCCCUAGUUGUUUGACCUAGUUGUUUGACCUUGUCUCAUUUAAACAUCAAGGGACUAACUAACUUAGUGGGCAGAAUUAGGCAUGGGGCAUCAUAAUGACGCAAUCUUCCCAUGUGUAAACUGAUUUUUAUGGAAGUCAGAUAACCAGAUGAGACGUUUUUUAGACAUCUUUUGAGCAACCAUUAAAAUAUGUCUAUCUGGUUGUUAUUUAGUAAUCUGACCAGAUAACAUCCAAAAUAUGACAUCUUUAUGACUUCUUGGUGUAGUCAUGAAAAACACGUCUUUACCUGGUUGUAAUCUGGUUAUCCGAUAUGUCUCCUCAACCAGAAAACCACUUCUUGACAUCCAGACAAUAAUGUUCUGAUCACCCAAGCCAAUUUCUUUACACGAAAUGACAUAAUUACAACAACGUUUGUGAUGUCAUGGUUAGGUUAUAUACUGGUCGUAAAAGUCACCUCAUGCCAACUUUAGCUACAUGUAUAGUCUGUGCUUGAGAGUGCAACACUGGUGUGUCCCUUUGUGCCGUAGCAUCACACCCAUCUUCACCCUGUCCAGCGUGUCUGGAGAGAGUCUGGACCUGCUUAAGGUCUUCUUCAACAUCCUGCCUCCUCUCAGCAACAGCAAGGAGCAGGAGGAGCUCAUGCAGCAACUUACUGAGUUCCAGGUAGUACACCUGCGUAUGCACGCACGCACAUUAACGUAUACAAUUAUUGUGUGAAUGAUGUGUGUGCAUGGACAUUGUGUGGGUCCAUGCACACUCACAACUCACACAAUAAUACACGUACACACACAUUUGUGCACAAACAACUCACAAAUAUUACACACACGUACACUUUACCAACACACUACACCCAUCCAAACGCAUACAUGUAUUCAUGCACACGCAUAACAAAACAUACACCCACACAUACAUUGCAUACAUACGAGAUGUGAACAUGCACUUUCACACAUUCAGAUUCACACCCUUAUUCUGUGUCAAUGCUUGCAAAAUAUACUUCCUCAUUCCUCUGCUUGUGAAUAUAGGUAGAUGAGAUCUAUACAGUGCCAGAUGUGGGGACAGUGGUGGGAGGAACUCUCUACAGGUCAGUUGGCCAUACGUCAUAUUGAUACUCAUGAAUGGAAUGAUAAUGGAUUGAUUUAGAACUGUUCUAGGGAUUGUUCACCCAAAUUACAAAAUGAAAAUGGGGGGGUGGAGUCUUAUAGCUAUUCAGGAGUCUUAUGGCUUGGGGGUAGAAGCUGUUGAGAAGCCUUUUGGACCUAGACUUGGCGCUCCGGUACCGCUUACCGUGCAGUAGCAGAGAGAACAGUCUAUGACUAGGGUGGCUGGAGUCUUUGGCAAUUUUUAGGGCCUUCCUCUGAAACCGCCUGGUAUAGAGGUCCUGGAUGGCAGGAAGCUUGGCCCCAGUGAUGUACUGGGCCGUAUGCACUACCCUCUGUAGUGCCUUGCGGUCGGAGGCCAAGCAGUUGCCAUACCAGGAGGUGAUGCAACCAGUCAGGAUGCUCUCGAUGGUGCAGCAGUAGAGCAUUUUGAGGAUCUGAGGACCCAUGCCAAAUCUUUUCAGUCUCCUGAGGGGGAAUAGGCUUUGUCGUACCUUCUUUGCGGCUGUCUUGGUGUGUUUGGACCAUCAUAGUUUGUUGGUGAUGUGGACACCAAGGAACUUGAAGCUCUCAACAUAUUCCACUACAGCCCCGUCGAUGAGAAUGGGGGCGUGCUCGGUCCUCCUUUUCCUGUAGUCCACAAUCAUAUACUUUGUCUUGAUCACGUUGAGGCAGAGUUUGUUAUCCUGGCACCACACUGCCAGGUCUCUGACCUCCUCCCUAUAGGCUGUCUCAUCUUUGUUGGUGAUCAGGCCUACCACGGUUGUGUCGUCGGCAAACUUAAUGAUGGCGUUGGAGUCGUGCUUGGCCAUGCAGUCAUGCGUGAACAGGGAGUACAGGAGGAGACUGAGCACACACCCCUGAGGGGCCCCCGUGUUGAGGAUCAGCGUGGCAGAUGUGUUGUUACCUACCCUUACCACCUGGGGGCGGCGCGUCAGGAAGUCCAGGAUCCAGUUGCAGAGGGAGGUGUUUAGUCCCAGCUUAGUGAUGAGCUUUGAGGGCACUAUGGUAUUGAACGCUGAGCUGUAGUCAAUGAAUAGCAUUCUCACGUAGGUGUUCCUUUUGUCCAGGUGGGAAAGGGCAGUGUGGAGUGCAAUAGAGAUUGCAUCAUCUGUGGAUCUGUUGGGGCGUUAUGCAAAUUGGAGUGGGUUUAGGGUUUCUGGGUGGUGUUGAUGUGAGCCAUGACCAGCCUUUGAAAGCACUUCAUGGCUACAGACUUACGUGCUAACGUUUUAGCAUUUGUGGCACAAAUUCCAUUCAAGUCAUGGUAUCGAUAUUAGCAUUUUCCGCGCAUCAUGUUCACAUCCUAUAGGUGACUUUGUUGAGCUUUUUUUGUAAGAUACUUUCAGAGGAUUUGCUCAGUUAAGCUUUUAGCUAAUCAAAAACCAAUAGAGGUCAAUGUACUGCAAACGGUGUAACCCUGAAGUGCUGCUCCAAAUGAUUUGACCUGGAGAGUUCCACCUUGACAUGGCAUAUGUUUUUCCUCCCAUUGUCCCGCGGACAGUGGGGUGUGUCGCGAGGGGGAGAGGCUGGUGGUUGGUCCUACGGACGAGGGCCGUUUCCUGAGGCUGAAGGUGGGCAGCAUCCAUAGGAACCGCUCGGCAUGCAGGGUGCUGAGAGCCGGCCAAGCCGCCACACUGGCCCUGGGCAACUUUGACCGCUCGCUGCUCCGCAAGGUCAGAGGGUUCAGCCACAACACAACCGCACCGCAUGUGCCCAGAUGUGAAUUUUCAUGACUUUCAUUUAUUUAUCUAGAAGAUAUCGUAGUUUCCCCUCCCAUGUUCUAUGUUCUGCCAAUCACAUCCCUUAAUAUGACUGAACGUUGCAGGGUCACAUUUUGAAACAGGACGACUGCACAAACUGCUCAUGGUUAUGAUACUGUCAUCUGUCCUCUGUUUUGUGUGUUACAUGUGAAACCUCAAGCAUAGGUAGCAGGUCUGUGUAGCCUACUACGUUUUAAUGUUUGUUUAUUUUUGAAGCACUCCAGACAAGAAGUUCCCUCAUGGAAAAAAUUUAUGUAUUCUAUAAAUAAAGUUAUUCAAAAAUUGAUAGCUAUCAGUGAAAAACAUACUUUUGUCCUUGAACAAUCUGACACAAUGUCCAUGCACACUCAUAACACAAUAUAAUACACACAUACAUGCACAAACUACUCACAAGUCAUAUGUAGUAAAAAUGUAGUCUACUGUUGUUAUAAAAUCAGUCCCACAAUGGUUGUUCCUUUCCCAUCUCCCAAAGUACUUAUUGGUGUGUGUGUUGAAUAGGGUAUGGUGAUGGUCAGCCCGAAGAUGAACCCCACCAUCUGCUGGCAGUUUGAGGCGGCCAUCGUCCUUCUCUUCCACGCCAAAACAUUCCGUCGGGGCUUCCAAGUGACCGUGCACGUGGGGAACGUAAGACAGACGGCCACCGUGGAGUGCCUGCAUGGAAAGGUUAGUAAUAAUCAUUAUAAACUGGGUAGUUAGAAGUCCUGAAUGCUGAUUGACUGAAAGCCCUGGUAUAUCAGACAAUAUACCACUGGUAUGACGCAGAACUACUUGUUUACUGUUCUAAUUACCUCAGUAACCAGUUUAUAAUAGCAAUAAGGCACCUCAGGGGUUUGUGGUAUAUGGCCAAUAUACCACGGCUAAGGGCUGUAUCCAGGCACUCUGCGUUGCGUCGUGCAUAAGAACAGCCCUUAGCCGUGAUAUACUGGCCAUAUACAACACCCACACGUGCCGUAUUGCGUAACUAUACACUAUUUUUUAUUUUUUUUAAAUAUGUUUUAUUAUUUCAGUUGAUAAAUUAUAAGUUUUAUUCGUACAGCGUCUUUCAUACAUUGUAUUAUUCAGCCAAAUUUGUACAAGGUCAAAUGAAACAACAUUAAGCACCGCCUUAACACAGCAGUGCCUCAAUAUGGGCCGCAUUCAGUAGGACACAACUUUGUGCAACGUUCAGAUAGAGAUUUGAUUAUAUAGAACAAACAUGCCACUCUGCCAUGUAGAGGAAGAGGAAUCAGGUCAGCUCUAUCCAUGCCAUUUCUAUCUGCAACGUUCCACAACGUCUGCCUACUGAUUGUGGCCCUGCUGCUUUACUUCAACACUUCCCUGUUUUCACCACCAGGAGGAGCUGCGCACAGGCGAGAGGGCCGUGGUCUGCUUCCGCUUCAUCAAACACCCGGAGUACCUCCGCAUGGGCGCCAAGCUGCUCUUUAGGGAGGGCGUGACCAAGGGCAUCGGCCACGUCACCAGCCUCCUGCCCAACUCACACAACCAUGACCAGAACCAGAUCCACGACCAGAACCAGAGGGAGGUAGAGAAAUAG